AUGAAGUCGUCUUCCUACGCCGCGCUUAUUGCUGCUAUCAGCACUGUCCAAGCUAAUCCUGUCUCCAAGCGUGCUGUCACCGAUGCCGACAUUCUUAACUACGCUCUAACUCUCGAGCACCUUGAGGCAACUUUCUACGCUCAGGGUCUCCAAAACUACUCGCAGGCAGACUUUGUCAAUGCCGGAUACGCCGAUCCAUUCUACAACAACCUCUUGAAGGUUGCCUCUGAUGAGAAAGAGCACGUCAGCUUUCUGACCAGUGCUCUUCAGGCCGCUGGCGCUCCCGCCACUGCCGAAUGCACUUAUGCUUUCCCGGCCACCGAUGUAGACAAUUUUGUGGCCCUCGCCAACGUACUUGAGGGGGUAGGUGUCAGUGCCUACCUUGGAGCUGCAGCCUCUAUUGCAAACAAGCAGUACCUCACUGAUGCGGGCUCUAUCCUAACUGUCGAGGCCCGACACAGCUCUUACCUCCGCGCUGCUGCUGGCGAGGUCCCCUUUGCCCAGCCUUUCGACAACCCCCUUGACUUUGAUGAAGUCUACACCGUUGCGUCUCCAUUUAUCGUUUCUUGCCCAAGCAGCAAUCCUGCUCUGCCCGUCAAGGCAUUCCCUUCUUUGACCAGUAUCUCCAGUGGCACCCUUUUGGCCGGCUCUCAGGUCUCCCUCGCCACAGGAGAGGGAUUCACUGCUAGCGGGCAUAUCUACGCCGCCUUCAUCACCGUAACCGGUCCAGUCUGGGCUACUGUCAGCCCGACUACAGGUGGCUAUUCCGUUACAAUCCCCCAAGGUGUGGAGGGUCAAAGCUAUGUGGUUUUGACCUCCUCUAAUAAGAACGUCUCUGAUGAUAACAUCCUUGCCGGGCCCGCAAUUUUAGAGAUUGGUGCCAAAAACGGCCGCCUCACCACUGGUUGCACAGGUGGGAGCAGCAAUACUACUUCUAACAUGACCUCGGCCCAGGCUGCUCAAUCUAGCGCGUCUGAGCAUUCUGCUGGGAAGCCAAUGAGUACCUCUCAGGCCCAGUCUUCCGCGAUCCCUGCGCAACCAAGCUCAAGCCUUACUGCCACUGAGGGCGGGGCCUUCUUCACUGGUGCCGCCUCCAGUGUCCAGCCUGCCUUUGGCUGCCUUGCUGUUGCUAUUGCUUUCAUGGCUCUCCUGUAA